AUGAUUGGUGCCUUUAAGAGGAACCGUGGAAGUUCUCAGUCUUUUGCGAAGGAAUGUCAACCUUCUACGUUAAAAGCCAACCUUGAAGUGGCAAAAGAACUUCCAUUCUCAGAUCGUCGCGAUUUCGAGGAUGCCACUCAAGGUUACAUCGGCUCCUUAUCUGAUGAGCAAAUAAUCGGCCCUGACGGCGGUGUAGUAUGGUGUAUGAAAUCUUAUGGCUUUUUGGAGCCUGAGACGCCCGCAAAUACUGUUAACCCUAGCUUGUGGAGACAAGCGCAGCUGAAUGCCAUUCAUGGCCUAUUUAAAAUCACUGACAACGUUUACCAGGUUAGAGGACUAGAUAUCUCUAAUAUGACUAUAAUCGAAGGUAAUACUUCUUUGAUAAUCAUUGAUACGCUUUUUACCACAGAGACUGCCCAAGAGUCGCUUAAACUUUACUAUAGACAUCGUCCUCAGAAACCUGUGCGUACCGUAAUAUAUACGCAUAGCCAUUCGGACCACUAUGGAGGAGUUAAAGGAAUUGUCAAGGAAGCAGAUGUGAAAUCCGGAGAGGUGCAAAUAAUAGCCCCAGUUGGCUUCAUGGAAAGUGUUGUAGCAGAAAACAUUCUGGCAGGGAAUGCGAUGCAUCGACGUUCCCAAUAUCAGUUUGGUAUGUUACUUUCUCCCAGUGUUAAGGGUCAUGUUGAUUGUGGGAUAGGGAAAGCUGCCUCUCACGGAACAGUUACACUGAUUGCACCAACUAUUAUUAUAGAAGAGCCCGUCGAAGAACGGACAAUUGAUGGUGUAGAUUUUGUUUUUCAGCUUGCACCUGGAUCGGAAGCGCCUUCGGAAAUGCUCAUUUAUAUGCCACAACAGCGUGUGCUCAACAUGGCAGAAGAUGUGACACAUCAUAUGCAUAACUUGUAUGCUCUUCGAGGUGUUGAAGUACGCGACGGCAACCAAUGGGCUAAAUACAUCGAUGCAGCUCGAGUUGCUUUCGGUAGCAAAACGGACGUUUUAAUUGCCCAGCAUCACUGGCCCACUACAGGGCAAAUGCGGAUCAAUGAAUUGCUGAAGAAGCAGCGGGAUAUGUAUAAAUUCAUUCAUGACCAAACACUUCGAUUGCUUAAUCAGGGAUAUACCAGUAGAGAUAUCGCCGAAACUCUUCGUAUGCCAUCCAGUCUUGAGCAAGAAUGGUCAACACGAGGUUACUACGGCACUUUGAGUCACAAUGUAAAGGCUGUGUAUCAAAAAUACCUGGGGUGGUAUGAUGCAAAUCCGGCUAACCUAAACCCUUUGCCACCCGUAGCCUAUGCAAAGAAAGCAGUCGAGUAUAUGGGCGGCGCUGAUGCUGUAUUGGCACGGGCUUAUAAAGAUUUCCAGAAAGGAGAGUUUCGUUGGGUUGCAAGCGUUGUUAAUCAAUUGGUUUUCGCUGACCCAAAUAACCAUCAAGCUCGUGAGCUCUGUGCUGACGCAUUGGAACAGCUGGGGUAUCAAGCAGAAGCCAGCACGUGGCGCAACGCUUACCUUGUAGGCGCCAUGGAGUUGCGCCAAGGUGUACCAAAAAGACGAAGUACUGGUAAGCGCAACAAUAUUGCCGUUUUGAAUAACGAAAUGUUUUUUGACUUUCUUGCUGUGAGAUUGAACGCUACGAAAGCAGAAGGUAAAAUUAUCGUUAGUAAUUGGUGUUUCAUUAAUUCAAAUGAACGGUUCGUGAUCACUCUCGAAAACUGUGCCCUGACCUACAUUCAGGGCUGGCAGACAGAUGCAGAUGCAACAAUUACUCUCAAAAGAACUACAUUUGAAGCUUUAUUGGCCAAUGAAAUUACUAUGGUUGAUUUUUUAAGAUCAAAAGAAGUCGAAAUAGAGGGUAAUCGACUCAGAAUUGAAGAGCUGUUGAAGUUGUUUGACGACUUCGACCAGUCCUUUCCCGUCGUUGAGCCUAUGGGGGGAAGCACUUGA